CUAAUACUUGACACGUUCUGGUGAUCCUACGCGCGUUUUUUUCGGGAACAUUUCGAAAAAUCCUUCGAGGCUUCGGAAAGGCCACUAAUAUCAACAAACGGGUGGUACCGUAUACGCGUCCGGUGGCCCUCGGCUCCCCUGCCUAUUUGACAACGACAGAUGCCCCAUUAACUUCGCUGCUCGCCAGAGGAGAAUCUAACCCCCGAGCAGACUCCUACUCGCUUUGCGGGAGCCAUAAAACAAUUGGAUUGUGCGACGGAGCAGGUAAGACACCACCAUGUUUAUCUUCAAAUCUUCCCACUUUGCUCUUGCUCUCGCGGCGAUUUCCGCCGUGAAUGCCUUGAGCUUCAAAGCUCCCAAAACCGCGCCUUGCGCCGAACAUGUCGCUGUUCCGGCUGUCAAGCACCAAGACUCUGUGCUGCCGCAAUACCGUCCCGAGCCAGAAAUCAAGGUCCUGCAGUUUAUCAACGUCGGCCUCCAAGGGUCCAUCUUCCAGUCCGACGACGAAUCCGAGGACGCCCUGAAGAUCACGUUCGCGAGUCUCGCGCAGAACUACACUGGUCAGUGGGAGUCGAUCCGCGCGUAUCCCAGACGCGGGAUAUUCUGGAUCAGCAACGUCCAGACGGCCACCUACAUCGGCGUCGAGUACGAGGGUGACGAUCCGAAGUUGGUGGUCAAGCGCGGCGUCGGCGCCGCCUCGUUCGAGUAUGAACGCGGCUCCUCGCCCGAGGCUUUCUCGAUUCGUCUCGUCAACACCAACCUUGUCUGGCAGGCUGUCUACGACGACGAGACCAAGAAACACUCCGGCCAUGUCGAACUGAGGGAGAAGAUUGAGAAAUGGGAGCACGGGAGAGAGUACCAGGACUGGAUCUUCGCUAACUAGAUCAGUCGUAACGGCAUAGCAAGAAACAAUGCUCAAUUCGAUCCUCGAAAUAUAGACCCCGCUUAUCUGCC